AUGGUGUCAAUCCGUUCUGCAGCUGCUCUCCUCACAGCUGCCGCUGCCCAAGCCUCGGCUGAGAAAUUUGGCAUCUACAUGCCUGACACCGCAAACGUCACGGGGAUCAAUGCGAAGCCUAACGCGACGGCCGUCGUCCCCGUGCCAGGCUGGAACCUAGCCAAGCCGUACCCAGGCUACUGGAACGAUGGCGAGACGGUUGACAACAACUCCGGCGGGUGCGGCUGGACGAUGCAUCUCAACUUGACGGCCAACGUGUCGAGCAGCUAUGACGACAGGCCGGGCCGCGUCAUGCGGCAGUCCCUCGAGCUGCGGCCUCCUGCGGCCCCGGCCCCCGGCGCCUUGCUCGACCCAGAAACGGGCAACCUCACUGUGAGCAGCAAUACAACCGACACGUGGCUCGUCCGGUUCGUGGUCUUCUCAAAGCAUGAGAUACCGACCGGCGGACAGAACAACGCGGACGGGUCGUGCGCGGGCAUCCUCAGCCAGGAAUGCACGGACAAUAUGCGUGCCAAGUACACAUCCGAGCUGUCUACUAUUGACGGCAGCGAGGACUGGGAGGGCAGCAUAGGUGCAGGUGGCUGUCCUAUCUCGGGGUGGGCUGUGCUCCACCCGUGGGAUUUUAAUGAAAACUUCAUGCUCAACAACACACUCUACUGGGAUGAGCCUCUCUCGGCAGACAACAAGUACUCAAACGCCUACGACUUCUACGGGUCCCGCCCUGUGCCCUACGCCAUCAUCUGGGGCCACAGCAACACUACCGCCGUUGGGCAAAGAGUGACUUACGAUCACGUUACUAUUGGAUGCAUCAAGGCGAAUGAGACCGUUGGCGAUAGCAGGCUGCCCUCUGCGGGUGUUAAGCCCGGCAGUGCGGGAGGAGUGAUGAUGUGGGCCGUUACUGCUGCCACUGCCGCAGCCAUGGGAUUUGGUGGUAUAUUUUAA